AUUCGAAAAAAAUAAAUGAAUUUACCAAUACGCUUAAAAAAUAAAUUAUUUUUAUUUAUUAAUAAUAGAGUUAUUACUUUACCAACCCCAAGAAAUAUUAAUGUUUUAUGAAAUUUUGGUUCAAUUUUAGGACUAUGUUUAAUUAUUCAAUUUAUUUCAGGAAUUUUUUUAUCUCUUCAUUAUUCAAAUAAUAUUGAUUUAGCAUUUAAUAGAAUCAUUAAUAUUUGUCGAAAUAUUAAUUAUGGUUGAAUAAUUCGUAACAUUCAUGCAAAUGGAGCUUCACUUUUUUUUAUUUCUUUAUAUAUUCAUAUCGGACGAGGAAUAUAUCAUGGAUCUUUUCAUUUUAAACAAACUUGAAUUAUUGGAGUGAUAAUUAUAUUAAUCACAAUAAUAACGGCAUUUUUAGGUUAUGUUUUACCAUGAGGUCAAAUAUCUUUUUGAGGAGCUACAGUAAUUACAAAUUUAAUAUCAGCUAUUCCUUACCUAGGUACAAAUUUAGUUCAAUGAUUAUGAGGAGGAUUUUCUGUAAAUAAUGCUACAUUAACACGAUUCUUUUCAUUUCAUUUUAUAACUCCAUUUAUUAUUUUAGCAAUAGUUAUUAUUCACUUAUUUUAUUUACAUCAAACAGGAUCAAGAAACCCUUUAGGAACAAACAGAAAUUUAGAUAAAAUUCCAUUUCAUCCUUAUUUUUCAUUUAAAGAUAUUAUAGGAUUUAUAAUUGUAUUAUUUUUUUUUUUAUUAUUAAACUUAAUAAACCCUUAUAUAUUAAGUGAUCCUGAUAAUUUUAUUCCUGCAAACUCAAUAGUAACUCCACCUCACAUUAAACCUGAAUGAUAUUUUUUAUUUGCUUACGCAAUUUUACGAUCAAUUCCUAAUAAAUUAGGUGGGGUAAUUGCUCUAAUUUUAUCAAUUUUAAUUCUAAUAAUUAUACCAUUUUUUUAUAUAAAAAAUUUUAAAAGAAUUACAUUUUACCCAUUUAAUCAAUUUUUAUUCUGAACUUUAAUUAAUACAGUAAUUUUAUUAACAUGAAUUGGUAUAAGACCUGUUGAAAUCCCUUAUAUUUUUAUUGGUCAAAUUUUAACUUGUAUUUAUUUUUCUUUUUAUUUAAUUAAUCCAAUUAUUACAAAAACAUGAGAUAAUUUAUUAAAUUAAUUAAAUUUUAAAAUCAAUGAACUUGAAUAAGUUUAUGUUUUGAAAACAUAAUAUAAAAGUUUUAAUCUUUUAUUGAUUUAAUUUACUUAUUUUAAAAAUUAACAAAAAUAAAUUAAUAAAAAUAUUUUUAAUCCUACAAAAAAUAUUAAAAAAUUUAAAGAUACAGGUAAAAAUCUCUUUCAUGCUAUAUUUAUUAAUUUAUCAAAACGAAAACGAGGUAAAGUACCCCGAAUUAAAAUAAAUAAAGAUGAAAUAAAAAUUACUUUAAUAUAAAAACUUAUAUUAAAAACAUCACCCCCUAAAAAUAUUAAACUAAAUAAUAUUCUUAUAAAUAAAAUUCUUGCAUAUUCUGCUAUAAAAAUUAAAGCAAAACCCCCUCUUCCAUACUCAACAUUAAACCCUGAAACUAAUUCUGAUUCACCUUCAGAAAAAUCAAAAGGUGUACGAUUAGUUUCAGCUAAUAUAAUAAUAAACCAAAUUAUAGAUAAAGGAAAACUAACAAAAAUAAAUCAAAUUUUUUGUAUAAAAAUAAAAUUUAAAAAAUUAAAUCUAUCAAUUAAAAAAAUAAAACAUAUUAAAAUAAUUCUUAUUCUUACUUCAUAAGAAACAGUUUGUGCAAUUGAACGAAUUAUUCCUAAUAAAGAAUAUUUAGAAUUUGAUGAUCAUCCAGCAACUAUAAUUCCAUAAACUCUUAUUCUAGUACAACAUAAAAAAAAUAAAACCCCAAAAUUAAAAUUUAAAACAAUUGAAAUUAUUGGAAAAAUUAAUCAAGAAACUAAAAUUAAAAAUAAUCUAAAAACAGGAGAAAAAUAAUAUAUUAAAUAAUUUCUUAAAGAUGGAAAAAUUUGCUCUUUACUAAAUAAUUUAAUAACAUCACAAAAAGGCUGUAAAAUUCCUUUAAAUGAAACCUUAUUAGGUCCUUUACGAAUUUGAAUAUAACCUAAUAUUUUACGCUCUAAUAAUGUUAAAAAAGCUACUCCUACUAUUACUAUAAGUAAUAAUAAAAUUAAAGAUAAAAAACUUAAAAAUAUUUCUUUAUUAAAAUUAAUAAUUUCUAUCUAAAUAAAAAUUUUAUUUAUUAUUAAAGCCUAAAUUUAAUGCACUAAUCUGCCAAAAUAGAAAAAAUUAUUAUUAAACAUUUUUUUUUAAAAAAAUUAUUUUAAAAUUUUGGUCCUUUCGUACUAAAAAUUUUUAUUAUUAUUAAGGAUAGAAACCAACCUGGCUUACACCGGUUUGAACUCAGAUCAUGUAAAAUUUUAAAGGUCGAACAGACCUAAAAAUUAAGCUUUUGCACCUAAAUUUUAUUUUAAUCCAACAUCGAGGUCGCAAUCUUUUUUAUUAAUAAGAACUUUAAAAAAAAUAACGCUGUUAUCCCUAAGGUAAUUUAAUCUAAUAAUCUUAAAUUAAAGAUCAAAAAUUCAUAAAUCAAUGUAAAAAAAUUAAAAAAGUUAAACUAAUUUUCCUAUCACCCCAAUAAAAUAAUUAAUUAAUUUAAUUAAUUAAAAUUAAAAAUAAUUAAAAAAUUAAAUAUAAAACUCUAUAGGGUCUUCUCGUCCUUUAAUUAAAUUUUAGCUUUUUAACUAAAAAAUAAAAUUAAAAAAAUAAUUUUAAAGAGACAGUUUUUACUUCAUCAAAUCAUUCAUACAAGCCUACAAUUAAAAGACAAAUUAUUAUGCUACCUUUGCACGGUCAAAAUACCGCAGCCAUUAAAUUUUUAAAUCAUUGGGCAGAUCAGACUUUAAAUUAAAUUCAAAAAGACAUGUUUUUGUUAAACAGGUGAGUAAAAAUUUUGCCGAAUUCCUUUUUUAAACCUUUCAUCUUAA